AGAAAGAGAGAGAGGGAGGGAGAGAGGAGGCCUCUUUGUUGAAUAGCAACACCUCUGAACUCAAAAGCAGCAGCAUGAUGGAUGUUUCCACUGUAUCUGAGCAGUGAAGCCAAAGCCCACCCAGAGGAGGGGGCUUCUCGGGAGCAUCUGUGGGUCAUAUAAACCUUUCCCGCAGUGGGAGAGUUUAUAGUUGGCAGUUCACUGGAGAACUAAGACACAGCAUUAAAAUCAAGACUGCAAUGGCAUCGUUGGGGCUGCAGAUUCUCGGUGUGGGGCUGGCGGUGCUCGGUUGGAUAGGGAACAUACUGAUCUGUAUACUGCCCCUGUGGAAGGUGUCUGCUUUCAUUGGGAACAACAUUGUGGUUGCGCAGACCAUUUGGGAAGGACUGUGGAUGACCUGUGUGGUGCAGAGCACGGGUCAGAUGCAGUGCAAGGUCUACGACUCCUUGCUGGCUCUGCCCCCAGACCUCCAGGCUGCACGUGCCAUGGUCGUCAUCGCCAUCUUGUUCUCUCUGUUUGGCGUGCUGCUCUCGGUGGUCGGAGGUAAAUGCACCACCUGCAUCGGAGACAAAGCGGCGAAAGCCAGAGUGGCCAUCUCCGCAGGUGUCUUCUUCCUCCUGAGUGGGGCUCUGUGCCUGGUGACGGUGUCGCUGCCCGCUAACACCAUCAUCAAGGACUUCUACAACCCGUUGGUCCCUGAUGCGCAGAGGAGAGAGCUGGGUGCGUGUUUGUACGUGGGCUGGGGAGCAUCGGGACUGUUGCUGAUUGGUGGUGCUCUUCUCUGCUGUCAGUGCUCGUCAGGUGGAGACCGCUAUACUGGAGCAAAGUACUCCCCGCCUAAAUCCACAACACCUGGGAAAGAAUUUGUCUGAAUGGACAGCGCCUGACUCUGCAUACAAAGCAAAUGUGAAAUUUGUGAUUAACGUCGUUUAACUAACACACUGUUGCCUUUUUGUGUCUGGAGACCGUCAGAUAAUAGUGCUGUGUUAGAUUGGAGUUUUCACCAUUUGUAUUAUUUCAACAGUAAUUCACACUUUCCUAUUUUUUAUCGUUUUUUUGUACAAUGUAUUCAUUAUGUACAUUUAAUUUUUUUUUCUUUCAUUCAUGCAAUAAACAUUAUUUUUGUCA